CGUUAUUGUGAUGUUCUGUCACCAAAAAAAAGAAAAAAAAUCACGCGAAUGUUAACCAGUGGGUUAGCUGAUGGAGAUUGGGGUUAUUGCGUGUUUCCAUGGGGAUUGUGUGACGGAACUAGUUUAGAGUCAGGGUCUGGUUAGAGUCAGUGAGCUAGUAAAGUUUUCAAAAACAAGAACGAAGCUAGACACUUUCGCGUUUUAACCCACUACGCACUUUCUGCCAGUUUAAGCUAACAUUAGGCGGAGCCUGUCCUCUCGGGCAGCAGUGAGAGAACGCUCGCGCUAACUCGCUGCUUGGUGGAGGGAAGAUUUCAUUGUUGUAACCCGGGAAUCUUAGCGGGCCACACAAACAAAACCUAGAGGCUGCUGCUAACGCCAGCGAACGAGUUACCGAAACUAGCCUGUUAUGUUGCAUGGUCGGCGUAAAUGGCUGAUUCACUUGCACAUUAUCGUUAGCUAAAGUUAACUGCUGUUGCAAGCAUUAAAAGUGUGAGAUGGCAACUGGAGGUAUUCCUUUUGAGGACAGUUCAGAAGAGUUACACAACUGGACUGUAACCAAUGGCAGCCUGGAAGACAGACUCAACAACACGGACUGGGGUGUACAACAGAAGAAAGCCAACCGAUCUUCUGAGAAGAACAAGAAGAAGCUGUCAGCUGCAGUGGUGGAGAGCCGCCUGACUAAUGAUAUUUCUCCAGAGUCUACUCCUGGGGCUGGUCGCAGGAGAGCGCGCACCCCUCAUUCCUUUCCACACAUCAAAUACACCACCCAGAUGUCUGUCCCAGACCAAGCUGAGCUGGACAAACUGCGUCAGAGGAUCAAUUUCACAGACCUGGAUGAGAGGAGCAUUGGCAGUGACUCUCAGGGGCGUGUCACAGCUGCCAACAACCAGCGCCAGUUAGCUGGAGAGAACAAGAAGCCGUACAACUUCCUACCUCUGCAUGUAAACACUAACAAAAGCAAGGAGCUGCUCCCUCCGUCCUCCUCUGCCCCAGCCACCCCUGCUAUCACCAAGGAAACCAAGAAGCAGAGUGCAGGACUGAGGGAUACGUUAACCCCUGUGAUGAUCAAGGGGACUGUGACGCUCAUCCAUGGUGGGGCAGAGAGAGAGCCCUUGGUGCGCAGAGAAUUAGACAGAGGAGAGCCACGAAUAGACAGCAGCCAGGUGGUGAGCAAACUGAUACAGAUCCGGGAGUACAUCAGUAAGGCCAGCUCCAUGCGGGAUGACCUGGUGGAGAAGAAUGACGUGCCGGCCAACGUUGAGCGUCUUUGUCAUCUCAUCGACCACCUCAAGGAGCAAGAGAAGUCCUAUUUACGUUUCCUGCAAAAAAUGCUUGCACAGGAGAAGGAAGAGGAUGAUGUAGGGACCCUGGAUUCUGCUGUGGGCUCAGGUUCAGUGGCAGAGAGUGCUUCUGUUAACAUUGAGGUUGGCUCUUCAGGUGCUUCAAAUGCAAUGGGUGGUAGGCCAGAGGUUGUGCGUGCUGACCAGAAGGAAGAGUUGGAGAAUCUGCGUAAGCAGCACGAGCUACUGAAGAAGAUGCUGGAGCAGCAGGAGCAGCUCAGGGCCCUACAGGGCCGCCAGGAAGCCCUGAUGGCCAUGCAGCAGAAUGCAGAACAGGCACUUGCUGUAAUUGAAGACACCGUUGUCACAGAAACCACAGGAAGUGUUUCCGGUCUGAGCAUCACAUCAGAACUAAACGAAGAGUUAAAUGAUUUGAUCCAGCGCUUCCAUAACCAGCUACAUGACUCAAAGACUAAAGCAGUACCAGACAACCGUCGACAGGCAGAGAGUCUUUCACUCUCCAGAGAGGUGUGCUGGUCAAGGACACCUCAGGCUGUUGGCCCGCCACAACACAGGCCGCUCCUUCACUCAGCUUCUGGCCCACACACUGGGCUGGACUCUGGUGCAACAGCUGCCAGUGCUAAACUCACCAAGCUCCAAGAGCUGCAGGACAAAAAGCAAACCAUGGACAAGAUCCUGCAGGAGUUGCAUUCGCUUAGAGACCAGACUCUCAAUAACAGCUCGUGUCGUGGCCUGUCUACACAGUGCAGUUUGAGUGCGGGCGGAUCUUCAGAUUGUCCAUCUGCUCUCUGCUCUAACGGGACCUCAGCUUCUACUUCUUUUCAUACGUCACUCACACAACACCAGGAGAGCUCCAACUCCACAGACAAGCUCAGGAAGCUAAAGGAGGUCCACAAGCGUUUGAAUGAACUUCGAGAGUUGGUUCAGUACUACGAGCAGACCUCUGAUAUGAUGGUGGAUGCGAUCAAUGAGAACGUGAAAGAGGAUGAUGAUGAUCAGGAAGAGGAGGAGGAAGAUGAAACGGAUGGUUCUAUGUUUGAAGCCAUGUUUGACCCUGAGCAGGACAACCGCCAGUCUGUAACUAAUAUCAGAAAUCCACAGCGCAGUGGUAACUGGACAGACCUGAACAGCCUGACCAACAGGCGCUGUGUCAGGAGUAGCACUACUAACAACCGAGAUGGAAGACUCAAUAUUGAAUGUGAGAUCAACAACCGGUCAGCAGCCAACCUCCGCAGCCUCAAAAUCCCCUCGGCCAUAGAGUGCCAGUACAACCGGGACACGUCAUACAAUCGAGUGAAGGUCGAGGAUGAAGAUGAGGAUUGUCUCGAUAAUGGUGCAGGGGCACAGGCUGUGGCUCCAGGUAGUGAGGCAUCAGGGUCUAGUCGUAGGAGCAGUCUGGGGAAUGACGGAGGUUUUUCCCAGAAGGUGCAUCGUCAGACAGCGAAACAGAAACUACGACAGCUGCAGGAAUUGGUGGCCAUGGUUCAGAGUGAUGACACAGAUGGUACAACAGCUAAUGAGGAUGAAGCCCCACACCAACAGCCAAAUAACACCAGAGCUACUGUUGCUCGGCCACUUGGAGCUAUAUCUAAACAGAACCCCAGAAACCUCACUCUCUCCAGCAAGGCCAGGGAGAAGUUGUAUGAGGAGAAGCUGCUUCAGCAGCAACAGGAGUUAAAACAGCUCCACGAAGAACGUCAGAGACUCAUCGAAAUCCAAGGCAAGAUCCAGGACCUUCAGUGGGCUUGUCCUGACCUCCAGUCAUCUCUGUCCAGCUCAGUGAGUCAGCAGGGUUUGCUGAAAAAAGUACCAGUUGUAGUUGCCACUCCGGUCCCUAUCCAGGCUUCGUCUUCAUCUGAACCAAAAACAAACUCGUCUGUGCUCAAAGCUACUGCACCAGAAGCAGCUACUUCUUCAGUUACUGAUAAUGAGCAGCUUUGGUCAGAGAUGCGUCGUCACCAGAUCUUGCGCGAAGAACUGCGCCAACGUAGAAAGCACUUGGAGUCCUUGAUGGCUGAGCAUCAGAGGCGUAAUGGUCUGGAGGACUCUCCCUCACGCCAGACUGAUGACCAAGAUGGCCUUGCUUCACCCUCACAAACUGUCAGUAGGGAUGAAAGGACAAUGGCUACUUGGGGUUCAACUUCCUGCCACCUUAAUGGUGAUGAUGACGAUGAUGAAGAUGAAGAAGAAGAAGAUGAUGAAGACUAUACCACAGAGAUGGGUGCAGAGGUGGAAGAGGAUCAGGAAGAAAGUGCAGAGAGCACUUCUGAUGACGACAUCCACAUUUACUCUUCCAGCCGGAACCAGCGCUCGUACAGUAGCAGGAAUAAUCAAGGAAGUAACCUGAAGCCUCCUCCAGCCUUCUCAGGGGACUGUAGUGGACAUCUUCAUAACAAGACAAAGGCCAAGCAGCAGCAGCAGCAGCAGCAGCAGCAGCAGCAACAGCAACAGCAGCAGUCCAGGAGUUUGAACCAGUCUGAAAGCCAACAUGGUGGCAUACGGCGGCAAGAAAACCUACGCUGGCCCUCUGAGCUUUCCUUUGCUGAGGGCUCAAGCCAGUGGCAGGAACAGGUCAGCCAGCUGCAGAGACAGCUGGAUUUCAGUGCCACCAUGUGUCAGACAGUCCUGCAGGACCAGCAGACCCUGUCGUACAUGUUGCAAACCCUACUGACCGGUCACUACAGUGUGUUACCGAACAACCUGUUAUCACCACAGGUUCAACUGGUCAUGCACCAGCUCAACCAGUGUUACACCCAGCUCGCCUGGCAGCAAAACAAUGUGCAAAGGCUAAAGCAGGUCCUGAGUGACCUCAUUUGCCAGCAGCAGCAGCAGCAGCAGCAGCAGCAGCAGCAGCAGCAGCUGCUGUCCUCCUCAACAUCAGGUUGGCAGGCGCAGAAGCAGGGCACACCCCAGCAAUCCAGCUCCGGUCCCUCAGCAUCUCCUGGUGUCUUCCCCCCCUUUUCCUCUACCCUGCAACCUCCAACCAACAACAUGUCAACAUCUACCAUGUCCCCACUCCCUCCCAGCUUUAACUUUUAUCCACUGUUCCCUGCUGCCAUGGGUGAGUUCCCGCAGGGUACAGCUGGUCACGCUGCAGCUGACCAUCAAAAGCAACAACUAGACCCCAACACCUCAAUCAAAACAGAGUACAUGAGUUUCCCUCCUCCACUGCAGCACUCUCCUCUCAACAAGACAACAGAAAGAGGACCAGCUGGCUGGCUUAACACCUACACUAACAACACCGUCCAGCCUCACCCGUCUAAAAUGCACUCACAAGAGACGAACUCUUGCUCUCCUGCUUUCAUUAACCACCACUCUAGAACUCAAGACUUUGACGAGGCGUCACAGGAAAGCUUCAGCAGCAUGCCCGACCCUGUUGACCCCACCACAAUAACAAAGACUUUCAAAGCUGGACGUAAGGCCUCAGCACAAGCCAACUUGGCCUCCCGAAGCAAGACUCCCAAUUCUAAGAGUCGGAGAAGGAGGAACAAAGGACACAACAAGAACAGUGAAGAGCAUGAGAGUGACAGCGUUAGCAGCAUUUCAGAUUUUGUCCAAGAGAGGGCAGCCCCGUCUCAUCAGAAGGAUCAGAAUCAGAGUCUGCUGGACAAGUUGACUCAAGAAAAACUAGACAGCAAGACGAAGCUUGGGAAUAAAAGAAAUGACCUCUCUUCUGCCUAUGCUUGGAGAACACCCUUCCUCUCUAACAGAAUUGCAUGCACAGAAGCACCAGAUGCAAGCAGUGACCUCUCCCUUUUCGAGGCCCUGAGGGAGACCAUUUACUCCGAGGUGGCCACCUUGAUAUCCCAGAAUGAAUCCAGACCUCACUUUCUCAUCGAGCUCUUUCAUGAGCUGCAACUGCUCAACACAGACUACUUACGGCAGAGGGCGCUCUAUUCCCUCCAGGAUAUAGUGACCAGGUACCUUGCAGAGAAGAGUGCAACUCAGGACCAGCUGCCUCCUGUGGUUUGGGCUGCAGGCUCUCAGUCUGAGCUGACACCCAGUGAGAGUCUGGCUACCAGUGACGCAGAGGUGGUGGAGAAGAACCUAAGGUUCACACAGAAAACAUUGAAGAAGAGGGAUGAUGCAGAGUCUGUGGACAAUGACAGUACCAUGUCAACCUCCUCCAACCUGGAACCAUUUGCAAAUGAUGACUUGGGCAACACGGUGAUUCAUUUAGACAAAGCUCUGGCCAGGAUUAGGGAGUAUGAGCGCAUGAAGCUAAAAGCUGAAUUUAACCCCUGCAAUGCCGGCGCUGCAGGUGCAGGUGGCGCUGACGUCUCACAUGCUGAACGUCCUUCUGCUAACACUGCUGAACCAGCCCAAGGAGGGGCAGCUGGCGACGUGCACUGUCCUCAGAUUGACACGCAGGAGUUGGAUCGUCAGAUCAAAGCCAUCAUGACGGAAGUCAUUCCCUACCUGAAGGAGAACAUGGACGAGGUGUGCUCACUGCAGCUGUUGACGUCCGUGCGACGCAUGGUCCUCACUCUCACACAACAAAACGAUGAAAGCAAGGAGUUUGUCCGCUUUUUCCACAAACAGCUGGGAGGCAUCCUGCAGGACUCUCUCAGUAAAUUUGUUGGCCACACUCUGAAGGACUGUGGAGAGGAUCUUCUUGUGGAGAUCUCUGAGAUCCUCUUCAAUGAACUGGCUUUCUUUAGGCUCAUGCAGGAUUUGGACAACAGCAAUAAUGCUUCAGCAACCAAACAAAAGAAUAAAAACAGGAGUGGGCCAUCCACUCAAGAAAAACACCCUCUUAAGCAAAAUAUAGCCAGUGGUGAUAAAUCUGUUACUCCAGCCUACUCGGAUGAAGACAAGGACCAAGAUGAAGCUGAACAGGAAGACAGUCCUUCACAACAGCGGCAUUACCUACAGACAGAACUGAAGAACAACAGGAGCAGUGAAGCUUCAGAGGCUGAAGAGGAAGAUGAAGGGGCUGGACAAGGAAUUCCUUUGUCAAUCAGUCUUUCCAAAGCAGAAACUCAGGCCUUGACGAACUACGGCAGUGGGGAGGAUGAGAAUGAGGAGGAGGAGAUGGAGGAGUUUGAGGCCGGACCUGUCGACGUCCAAACCUCUUUGCAAGUGUCUGCUGAUGGACAGGUGGAGCCACAGGGAACAACAGUCGGUGAAAUCCAGGAGACCAAAACUGACCAGAAUGGCGACGAAAUGAACAAGCCAGUUGGGGCUAAGAAUUCCACUGUGGAUGAAGAUACCACAGUGAUGUGCCAGAGCCCUGUGGAGGAGAGUAAAGACGGGGCAUCUGCCACUUCAGAAGAAAACGCUGCAGUCUCUCCGGACGUCCACAAGAAGUCAUCCACGACGAGUAGCCCGGAUACAGACUCGCCCGUCAUGAUCAAUGUAGACGAGAUGGGGUCAGGCAACACAAGUCAGAAGUCUGAUGAGGAAGACUUUGUCAAGGUGGAUGACUUGCCAAUGCAGCUCACAGUCAUGUGUGAGGAGGAGCUUCAGAAGCGGAUCGUGGAGGAGCAGCAGAAUAACAACCUGUCUGUAGAGCUCCUGAAUGGGAACACUGAAUCGCUGACUGGGCUGGUGGGAAAUGCUCAGGCACUGAAGGAACCAGAAGCUGUUGGAGCUCAGAGCAUGUAAAGAAUAAUCUGAUGGCUCAUAAGAUACUGUUUUUAGCAACACUAUGCUUUUACCAUGAAUCUGUUCUGGUUUUAUUUAGAUUGUUGAUUCUUAAUCUGCUUGUUUAAUUUAAAAAAAAUAAAAAAAGCAGUGGAUCACAUGUUUGGUUACAAAUUAGCUACACACACAAACACACAGUAGGUAGGCAGUAGAAGUCCUCUACACAUAAUCAACACUUAGCUCAUUUUAUUCCUGAAUCGUAAUGUGAUUUUCUGGUAAUCUGGUUGGGGUUAUCCUUAUGCUGCUGAUUUUUUUUUUGCCUCUGUUUAAAUCUUUAUAGUACUGACACCUGUGUUCAGAUCUGCCUUAUUCCCCUCGUUGGUUCUGGGAUCAGUUUGACAUGAGUUGAGAGAUGUUACUGAUUCACUUUUAUUAUUUCUCCUUGUAACGUUCUUUUUUUUUUGUUGCACUUAUUAUAAAGAGAUAACGGUAGGAUUACUGAAGUUUAACUGUAGCCUGACUUUAGCUUAUUGUUUCUGCAACUUAACCAGUUUCUUCUUUUUAUCUGAGCUCACGGCUCAAACUUAAGCUUUUAUCCUUUAAGACUUCUCUUCAUAUGCUGUUUAGUUUUGUUAGUCUGCAUUGAUUUCCAUGUAAUUAAAAUGUUGAUUACAAUAAGAAGUUUUAAUAAAUAAAAUGCUGUAACCUUCA